AUGGACACAGCUACCCUAUCCCACACCCUCGACCUCUGGUUUGACCGUUAUCAUGCUGACUCUCUUCGCUACAGCUCUAGCAACGCAACUCAGCAACAAAUCCCGCAAGCUUCGGCAUCCCAGAGCACUGGACCAGUCCUACCCCCACCAACAGCCCCAUUCUACUCCUCGAAUCAGUCAUCGCCGCACAAUCUUCCUGCCAUCGCCGGCUUGACUCAAGCCACGCAGGCUUCGCCCAGCCAGAGCGCGCAAAGGCCACCCUCAUCGAAUCAAGAGUCGGCUUCCGGGCCUCAACCCCAUCAGAAUGCUAUGCAAGGACCUGGAUACUCGUUGCCAGGCAUAUCGCAGACCUUGCAACAACCGCAUUUGCAUGCACAGAAUCAGGCAAGUCUUGAUCGCGACAGGGAGAUGCGAGACCGAGACAACAGAGAACGAGAGAUUAUGGAAGCUCAAGAAGAAGCAGCAAGGCGUGAAGCUGAGCAUAGAGAACGCGAAAUGCGAGAACGACAGCAGCAACAUGAAGCUGCCAUACAAAGCCACUCAGAAACGAUGCAGAUCCAUCAGCCCGUAGCUGUAGCUCCAGCAGUACGAACCAUACAUGGACCAAAUGGAUUGCUCGGAAAUUCUGCAACCUUGAGCGGGACCAACGCCCUCUCGGCGUCGAUCGGCGCGCCGAAUGGCCCAGGAAACAUUUUCGGGGGUGGUGCUGUUCAGCAGGGUGAUGCUACUCCGCGAAUGCAGCCCGCUGUUCAACCACAAGCCCAGAGUUCAAUGCUGAUGCCAUUCGGGGGUCCCGGGAUGCCCGGGCAGCUGGGUAUGGUCCAAGGACAACAACCGAUUCUCAACGAUGCGCUUAGCUAUCUCGACCAAGUCAAGGUUCAGUUUGCAGAUCAUCCCGACGUUUAUAACAAGUUCCUCGAUAUCAUGAAAGAUUUCAAGAGCGGAGCCAUUGAUACUCCGGGCGUUAUUGAGCGAGUUUCAACUCUCUUUGCCGGCAAUCCGAAUUUGAUUCAAGGCUUCAAUACGUUUCUCCCUCCCGGAUACAAGAUCGAAUGUGGCACCGGCGGCGAUCCCAACGCUAUCAGGGUCACAACUCCCAUGGGGACCACGGUAUCUUCGAUGCCCGUGCCGCGCCCGCUGUCAGCCCCUCGCAGUGCAGCUGUGAAUGGGAACGGGAAUAACCCUGGAGAAAGCCCAUACUAUGACUCGGCGUCUCGUGGCGCAAGUGGUAAUUGGCAGCAAGCCCGGGCACAAGAUCCUCAGGAAGCCAUGUUCAGCCCGAAUAACCGAAAUCUUGGUCAUUCACUUUUUGGUGGUCAACAAGGCCAGCACGCCCAGGCACCUCUGUCUCCGGAGGCUAUUGCCCAGCGUAAUCACCAAGAUGCAGCAUCUACUGCGGCGGCCAUGGCUCACCAGCAAGAGCAGCGAGGAGUUUCGCAGCUUCAGAGUGCCGUGUCUGCAGCAGCAACAGGUCGGUCGCUGUUGUCUCCCAGCGGUGAAUCGGCUAUACCGCUCCCUAUCCAAGGCAUGAACGGAGCGAGCCAAGUCGUUCAGUCGGUCAGUGUCGGGCCAGGAGGAGAGAAGCGAGGCCCAGUGGAGUUCAACCAUGCCAUAAGUUAUGUCAACAAGAUUAAAAACCGGUUUGCCUCUCAGCCAGACAUCUACAAGCAGUUCCUUGAGAUUCUGCAGACGUAUCAGCGGGAAUCCAAACCUAUCCAAGACGUAUAUGCUCAGGUCACGAGCCUAUUCAACUCCGCGCCGGACCUACUAGAAGACUUCAAACAGUUUCUCCCUGAAUCCGCCGCGCAACAUCGAGCAGCUCAGCAGCAGGCCGCCGCACGCCACGCUGAAGACGCCGUCAUGCUCAGCAACGUUAGAGGCGAGGCGGGAUACCAAGCAGGCUCUGCGCACUCGCACCAGACGCCCCGGGCAGAUGCUUCGAGGCUUCCGCCUAUGGGUAACUUUGCCCCGACUCCAACCGCGAACAGAGACAACAAGCGCAAGCGCGGCGAGAGACCCGCUGGAGAUGGACGAUCCGCCGGUAUUGUUAAUUCCAUCGCUCCGGAGCAAGGAAGUGGAGGUGCCAGGGCUGGAUACGGCCAAGCAAACAUUGCAAAGGAGUCCGCAGAACGCUUCACCCCCAUUCCCAAUGCUGUCAACGAACUCCCGAUCCCGCCUCUCGGGCUGUCCGGGAGUGGCAAACGACGGGCUUCGCCCAACAGCCUGCCACGGCUAGAACAACAAGUGGCUAACACAUCUCCUACAAAGCGCGCGAAGACCGCCCAUACUGCAAAGCAGCCCAUGAUCCCCGACGGCCCCGCGGUGUCUCCAACCUUGACACCGGCCCUCCCCGAACCCAUCAAGCCCGUCACGACGACAGUCGCCACCGGCGAAGAGCUAGCCUUCUUCGACCGAGCCAAGAAAUUCAUCGGCAACAAGAACACGAUGAACGAGUUCCUCAAGCUCUGCAAUCUCUUCUCUCAGGACCUGAUCGACAAGAAUCUGCUCUAUGCACGUGCACAGAGCUUCAUUGGUGGCAAUCCAGACUUGCUCGAAUGGUUUAGACAAUUCUUAAGUAUCGAGAAGGAGGAGACAGUGAUCAAGACCAAGGCCAGGACCGUGACUUCCAGGGUUUCCUUGUCGAACUGCCGUGGUCUGGGUCCAAGCUACCGCCUUCUGCCGAAGCGGGAGCGUGAACGAGUUUGCAGUGGUCGCGACCAGCUCUGCCAAGCCGUCUUGAACGAUGAAUGGGCUUCUCACCCAACUUGGGCUUCCGAAGACUCGGGCUUCGUCGCUCAUCGCAAGAACCAAUACGAAGAAGGGCUUCAUCGCAUCGAAGAAGAGCGCCACGAUUAUGACCACAACAUUGAAGCCUGCAUUAGGACCAUCCAACAACUCGAACCUAUCGCGACACAACUUCUCCAGAGCUCCGCCGAUGAGCGAUUGACCUUUGUGCUGCCUCCGGGCCUCGGUGGCCAGAGCGAGUCCAUCUACAAAAGGGUCAUUCGGAAGAUCUAUGGCCGCGACAAAGGAAACCAGGUUAUCAUCGAGCUGUUUGCCCAGCCUUACAAUGUCAUUCCCGUUCUUUUGAGCCGGCUCAAGCAGAAGCUAGAAGAAUGGAAAGCCGCCCAGCGAGAAUGGGAGAAGGUCUGGCGUGAACAGACUCAGAAAAUAUUCUGGAAGUCGCUCGAUCAUCAAAGCCUGGGUGCCAAACAGGCUGACAAGCGCCAAUUUCAACUCAAGACCUUACAGAAUGAGAUCCAAGUCAAGUAUGAGGAGCAACGCCGCCAACUCGAGUUCAAUGAGAUCAAGACCACGCCGUACCAAUUUGCCUACUCAUUCAAGGAUGAGGAUGUUCUAUUCGACACUGCUCGUCUGAUCAUCUGCUACAUCGAUCAUGCCUCUCACACAGGAUCAGACUCUGGCAGCAUCACGAAGUUCAUCAAGGAAUUUGUCCCUCUCUUCUUCGGUAUCGAUCCUACUCGCUUCGAACAAGGCAUCCACACCUCUACCAAUGGUUCGCCUAGGAAUGAGUCUGGUGAGGAAGAGACUAUGAGCGCCGAUGACGGCUCAUCGCAGAAAGGCCACAAAUCGAAGAAACAGAAUCUUCUUCGUGGCGUUCUUGAUCGUGGCCGCGGCAAGUCGGCUCGUAAAGACAAGGAUGAUAGUGCUGCGUCCGAGAGCCGCGAUAGUACUCCCGAUCACGCUUCUGCUGCUGAAGAAGAGUUCACCGCGGUCGCUAGCGGAUCCGCUGCCGCUUCCAAGGACGCCUCCGGCGCUCACCGCUGGGCAACAUACGCAACUAGAGACGAAUAUGGCGGCAGCGAUGACCUGAAGCCGGAUGAGCCAUACGUUCGAGACAACUACAACAUGUAUUGCAAUCUGACCAUCUACUGUUUCUUCCGGAUGUUUGUUAUUCUGUACGAGCGUCUCUCCGCCCUCAAACAGACCGAACCGCAAGUACGGGAGACUGUCGCACGGGCCAAGCAAUACAAGCCAGCAACAGAGCUCAAGAUGAUCGAUAAAUAUCCUGAAGACUUCUUCGGCGACACAUCGGAUACCGCCAACUACUACGAGCAGAUGUUGACCAUCUUCGAGGAUCAGAUCAAGGGCGAGGUCGACGCUGGCGUAGUGGAGGAGACAUUACGCCGUUACUACCUUCAGAGUGGAUGGCAACUAUACUCCAUAGAUAGACUGCUCAGUUCCUUAAUCCGGUUUGCGGCAGGGAUCUUCCCCAGCGAAAACAAGGACAAGACCGGAGAAGUCUACCAGGCUUUCAAGAAAGAUCGUCCUUUCCGUGAGACUACCCACCGAGACGAGAUCAGUUACCGAAGGAUAGUGGAGAAGAAUAUCAAGGACGGUGACGUGUAUAAGAUCAACUACGACACCACAAAACAGGUCGCAUCCGUGAACAUUCUCAAGAAGGACGACGACACUUAUGCUGUCAGCACCCUGGAUAAGAUCAAGGCAUGGCGCUACUACAUCGCCUCAUACACCUUAUCAGAUCCUACUGAGAAUGUCGCCCAUGACAAGGUCCACCUCCCGUACCUGAAACGAUCCAUAGGCAAAGUCGACCUUGAUAUCGACGAACCCGGUGACCGUAUCGAUAGCGUUCGAAGCGAAGAGAAGAAGGCCUUCAAGAUCAUGCCUGAUAGGACUUACACUAUGAAGUACUUGAACUCCAGUGGCCCUUACGAGGGUGUGGAUUUCCUAGUCCAGAAAGAUGCUGUCAGGUCCGGGUUCCGAGAAGGCGAAGCAGAGAUGUCCCGCAAGACGGCUAGUAGGAACGAUUCCGCCUCGGAGAGACUCUUGAUGAACACUACCUGGAUGAAGAACGUGUCGCGCGAGGACGUCGAUGCUCGCAAAGACCUAUUCAGGAAGGAGACGGACGACAAUCCAAGCAACGUGAACGGCACGGUUGACAGCGAUGAGACUAUGGCAGAUGCGUGAUUGGCAAGCGUGGUAUACCAGCAUGAACUCUCCGUCGGAUAAGCACAUAUCACUCUUUCCUACUAUAUGGGCGUUCCUACGGAUACAUAGCUGGACAGAUGGGCUUUGCAUUGGAUGCGUCGAGUCUGACAUUUGGCUGUUGCAUAGCCUCCUUCUCUGGCUCUUUUCUUUUCGGUUGUCUAUUUUGAUGUUUAUUUUUGCGAUGCUACUCUAAGGAUAGCGAAUAAGGCAGCUUUUGGUGGUGGCUGUCUCCUACUUCUUUUGUUUUGCGAUGAUAAGUUGCUUUUACUGGCGCUACUGGAUGUAGUGUAGGCUGGGCUCUCACCUUAGUUAUGAAUCUUCUUUGACAUUAG